CUAUUCGAAUUUUCCAUGGAACGGGGUGGAAGCUGGAGACGCGAGGGCGUGGUUAUUGAUUUUCUAGCAUUGCGCGAAAAGUGCAAGCAGCUGAUGAAAUGUAAGUUAGUCUUCCACUCUUUACGUUUUGUGAAUUUCCUGUGCAGUGUUUUAGUUUUUAACAGCGUCGAAAUGAAAAUUUUAUUAAUUAUCCUUCCGUUACUAUUACCUCUCAGCUAUUGUGAUUUCACGUCAAACAAUACGAAGUUUGAAGGAAACCCUUACAAAAAACAUCUGUUUGAUGACCUUUUGAGCAACUACAAUCGGCUGAUUAGACCAGUUCAAAAUCAUUCGGAGAACUUGACUGUUUGGAUGGGCUUAAAACUCACUCAGCUAACCGAAAUGAAUCUUAAAAGUCAAGUGAUGACAACGAGUGUGUGGCUGAUUCAGAAAUGGUUUGACUGCAAUUUGAAAUGGGAUCCCAAAGAAUAUGGUGGCUUAGACAAGUUAUACGUACCUUCGGAUCAUAUUUGGUUGCCAGACAUAGUUUUGUUUAACAAUGCUGACGGGAAUUACGAAGUUACCCUAAUGACAAAAGCGGUGCUCAAGUAUACCGGCGAAGUAUUAUGGUCACCUCCAGCUAUCUACAAAUCGUACUGCGAGAUAAACGUUUUAUACUUUCCGUUUGACGAACAAAACUGUUACAUGAUGUUCGGUUCGUGGACUUACAACGGAAAUCAGGUAGAUUUGAGGCAUAUCGAUCAAUCGCAGGGCAGAAACCGUGUGGACGUUGGAAUCGAUCUAAGCGAAUUCUAUCUAUCCGUCGAAUGGGAUUUACUCGAAGUCCCUGCGAUCAGGAACGAAGAAUUCUAUUCCUGUUGCUCCGAGUCAUAUACAGACAUAACGUUCAACAUAAAAAUGCGGCGUAAGACUUUGUUUUACACAGUUAAUCUGAUCAUUCCGUGCGUAGGACUGACGUUCAUGACUGUGUUGGUGUUCUAUUUGCCAUCUGACUCUGGUGAAAAGGUGACUUUGUGCAGUAAUAUACUAGUGUCAUUGACAGUGUUCUUCUUGCUGCUAGCCGAGAUCAUCCCCCCGACAUCUCUGGCCGUUCCACUCCUUGGCAAGUACUUAUUGUUUACCAUGGUCCUAGUGUCAAUGUCGAUCGGUAUGACCGUGGUCGUGUUAAACAUCCAUUUCCGGUCACCAUCAACCCACACCCUGUCACCUUGGGUGAGGACCGUGUUUCUGCACAUGAUGCCACAGAUACUUAUGAUGCGCAGACCACCAUAUUCGCUGAUGACCAACGACGGAUUCCAAAGCUCACCCGGUUACUUCAACGAACUGGACUACAGUCGAGACAGUAUAAGCGAUAGUGGUGGAACAGAACAGAAACCUCCAUCUUUGACCCAGAGACACUGGUCCUUCAAAAAAAUUCAGUCAGUACAGCCUCACAAUUAUCCGGAGAAUGUAAUGCCAAAGACAAUGUCCCCUGAUCUACUCAAGGCUUUACAAGGGGUCUGUUAUAUUGCUCAACAUAUCAAAGACGCGGACAAAGAUAAAGAGGUGAUCGAGGACUGGAAGUACGUUUCGAUGGUGUUCGACCGGUUCUUCCUGUGGGUGUUCACUUUGGCUUGCAUAGUAGGAACGUGCGCCAUAAUAUUCCAGGCACCCUCGCUGUACGACCAACGGCAACCCAUCGACUUCCAGCUGUCUAGCAUACCCCGGCGUCGUAGCAACCUGGCGCUGCCACACGAAAUCGACUUUUACGAACGCACGUACGGUGCCGACUAGAGUAUUAUUUUAUAGAUAUCCGUUGAAAUCCCUCUGCAGGCUCAUUAUUUAUUGUACAUAAUAUUAUACGUAGACAAUACACAAGUAAUUUAUAGGUAAACCGAAUAAACGAUAUAAAUAUAUAAUACGUGAUUCACAUCCGUCGCACUCGCGAAUAUAAUUCAUUCUCGAACGCGACGACUGCAGUGGCACAUCUCAUAAAAAUGAGAGGAGUGGAUGGAAAGAUUUAAAAAAUUAGCACCUCUCCUCCAAGUCUCCAACCACAAACAAUUUCGAUUUUUUGAACUGUCGUGGCGGAAACCUUACACGAAUAAUAUGGAUGAAAAUUAAUACUAUAACAUCGUUUUGACGAAAUAUAACAACGUCUCCAUUUAAUAUAUAUUUUCGUUUAUCGCGAACGCUACAUGUCCUAUCCGUUAUUAAUUAUUAUACAUUAAAUGUUAUCUGAACGCAUUUAACAAAAUACAAUAAUUAUUACGUGUGAAAAAAUAAAAUUUCAUUUCCUAUUCUUAGCCCCGUGGACGUGGUAUCUUUAAACAUUUUUAGGUUGCGCACGCGUCGUGGACACGUUUUUUUUUUUUGACGUACGUAAUUCGUUGCCAAUCAGACACUCCAAAAAACCCGUGUAGGCACACGUGCGUAUUAUAAUAUAUUAUAAUAAAUGAGCGGAAUCUGCGGAGUACAGAAUCGCACGUCGUAUAUACACAUAAUGCUUAUAGAGGUAUAACGAUAAUCAUAUUAUUAUGAGUGUUUGGUCUGUAUGAUAGUGUGUAUACAACUAUUGUGUUUAUGUGUGGUAUUGUUACGCGGUAAAACUGAAUAGGUAUAGCAAAUCCUAACAAAUUUCGUCGUCGUAUGAAAAAUAUUUAUAUUGUAUAAUGUGUGUUCUAUAUUAUAUAUAUACGAGCAAUAAAAAAGCUGAUCGUGUGAUAUUUUAUAGAAA